UGGCGACAGUACGGGCGGAAGAGGCUCCGGCUUGGCGUUCUGGUACCGGUCUGGGACUCGGCAGUCGAGAUGGAGCUAAGUGCUGAGUCCCUACGAGAGAAGCUGCUGAGGGAACUGGAAGCGGAACACGUGGAGGUGGAGGACACGACCCCCGCCCGCUGCGCCGCUAGUUUCCGAGUCCUUGUGGUCUCCUCAAAAUUCCAGGGGAAGCCGCUACUUCAGAGACACCGGCUGGUGAACUCGUGUCUGUCGGAAGAGCUGCCCCAUAUCCAUGCAUUUGAGCAGAAGACCCUGACGCCUGAGCAGUGGGACAAGGAGCGGCAGAAGUGAGGCGCUGAGAGGCCUUCACUUCCACAUUAAGACAUUAAAUCUCUGGUCUACGGCUCGGCCCCUGUGUGUCCGUCCAUCCAUCUAUCCAUCCCUCCCUACCUCUGUGUGUGCCCGUGUGUCUUAAAAACCACCAGACUUGUGUGGGUCUAGUCAGGACUUUGGUGUCCUAGGCCUUGUUUGACCUAUUUAUCCCAUUUGCAGCUCAGUCUUUCUGAGUUUCAGUUAUCUCCUCUGUUAAAUAAGUUUGGGAUUACAUAGAGACAUCCCUAAAGUCCCCUCUACCUCUGGUUCCAUGAAUCUUUUUGGACUUGGUGCCAUGAUUAUCCCUAUUAUGGGGCAACCUGCCUGUGGGCCAGGACUGUGUUUUGGUGCUUUUCUGAGGAGUUAUCCAUGUUUCUCCUUCCAGAUCACUGUGUAGGGAAUUACCUUCAGCUUUGCCUCCUUAUUGGUUUAUUUCCUCAGGCUUGAAUUUCUCACAGGUUUAUGGAGAAAUAAUGCCUCAUUGGGGAUUUUCCAGCUUCCUAGAAAGCUGAAGAUUCUUAAGGGAAGUUCAUUGUACCCCAGAAAAUCAUAUGCUUGGUUUCUGAAUGUUGUAACAGCUCUGAGAACUAUGAGGUGGCCUGGGAUUUCUCUUGAAUCUGGAGAGGUGGAGGACCAGCUUUUCUAAUGCAAUGUCCUAGAGCAUAAGAUAGCCAAACUGAAGCCACUAUCUGCAUACAACAUAGAAACCAUCUACACUAAACCCUUUAUUUAAAGAGGAAACAGACCCAGAUGGAUUGUCUUUGGUAUCAAGGUAGAUUAAUGGAGCCACAAGUAAAACUCAGGUCUCCUUACUCAAUUUUUCCUUUGCCCCAUUCUGCCAUCUGGAAAAGUGAAUUUGAGUUCCUGCCAACUUCCACUUAUUCAGGCUUCAUACAAUUGUUCCAUGGGCCACCUUCUGAGGUCCUAAACCACUCUUUAGUUUCAUAAGUUUCUUUAACAUGGUAAGGAAAAGUGUUCCAAAAAAUUACCCUCAUCCUUGUGUAAUUAAUAGCACCCAGGUUUGCCCUUUUAGAAGAAAUGAGAAAAUGAAUCUCUGCUAUAUUGGUUAGUUUUGUUGAAUUGCUUUUUUUCUUAAUCUUUGGAACUGAAAAUAAUGUAAAAAUAAAAGAUAUCAAUUAAAAUAAAAUUAGAAAGAAAAAGGCUUCCUCAUUCAAUCUAGAGACAAGGAAACCUGGUGGAGCCAGCAUUGGAGUUGGAGUCAAAAAGACCUGAAAUCCUUGGCAGAUCAUUUAACCUCCCUCAAUCUGUGUCCUCUAUAAAAUGAGGAUAAUCAUACUUUAGAAGGUUGUUAUGAGGAUCAAAUAAAAAAUAUGUGAAAUAUUUGGCAACUUAAAAUGUUAUAGCUUAACUAUUACCAUUUGGAUUUUAAAAAUAACAAUGGACACAGUGAUCACUUACUCAUCUUUCUAGAAGAUUCUUGGCUUCUAGAAUCCAAGAUGGGAUACUCAACUGGGAAACAUUUCUACUAUUGUGAAUUUCAAAACUACUCAACCCUGUUCAAACCAUUCUUUAGAGGAUGGGAUUUGGCUUUUUCCUGAUCAAUAACAAUAGAAAUACUUGGAAUGACAGAAUCAGGUCUUGGAAACUACAAUCUCCACCCUACUCAGGAUAACAGGAUUUAGGAAGGGCUGCAGCAAAGCUCAAGAUUUAAUUAUUUGAGAAUAUGACCUUCAACAGAAAUGUGCAAAGGGGACAGACCUCUGGGCAGUCCUGGGUGAAGCUAGAGCCACCAUUGACACAGGGGAGACACAGGAAGUGAGGUAGAGGAUAGCUGAGGAGUCUGGGGACUUACUGUGUGGAGGAAAGGAGGUUGUUGGAGCCUGGGUGCUUGGAGUGGAGGCCCUGAGACUGUUUCUCCAUUUUGGUCAUGUGAGUGAUAGGGACUGAUCUCUUUUCUUUGCCUCUGCUAUCCCUUGGCCCAGCCUAAGCAGAGGGGGUAUUUAAGCCCUAUUCCCUUCUCUUCCCUUUCUCUCUCACCUUUCUUCCUCCUGUUAGUAAUUAAACUCCAUAAAAGGUUGA